AAGACUUAGAGUUAGCUUUGUGAAGAAUCGUUUGAAGCUCCUAUCAGAUCUUUGGCAAAUGGGAAGUAAAUGGAGAAAAGCGAAGGUUGCUUUAGGUUUGCAUCUCUGCGUUUACGUUCCGAGGACUCUGGAUGAUUCAGAUUCACCCCCAUCCCUUGAUGCUGCUGGGAGAUAUUCCGAUGUGUCUUCACUUUCUCCAGCGUCCCGGAACUCAGAUUCUCGAUCUGCAAUGUUGGCUUCCCCUUCACCAUCUUCUUCGGGUCUUCGGCUGUCGAAAAGCGGCAGCAGAUCCUUAAAGAGAACCUGUGCAAUAUGCCUUGGCACCAUGAAACCAGGCCACGGCCAUGCCAUAUUCACUGCAGAAUGUUCACAUGCUUUCCAUUUCCAGUGCAUUGCUUCUAAUGUGAAGCAUGGCAAUCAAAUUUGUCCCGUUUGUAGAGCGAAAUGGAAGGAAGUUCCCUUUCAAGGCCCUAGUUCAGACCUCCCCCAUGGGAGAGCAAGAAUCAACCCAGUAGAUUGGCCCCAAGAUGAUGCAUGGAUGACUGUACUACGCAGACUCCCUCCAACUUGCCCUGGUUCCCAUCGGCACAUUGCAUCCGUCUUCCAGGCUCCUGAGCCAAGUUUAUUCAAUGAUGAUGAUCCUUUGGGUAUCCAAUCCGAGUUAGCUGAAAGCACAUCUUCUUCGAAGGAUGAUUUGGAUAGCAAUUCCAAUAGAACAAUGGAUUUGAAAACAUAUCCUGAAGUGUCAGCUGUUUCACGGCUUAACUCUCAUGAGGGCUUUACUGUUCUAAUCCAUCUUAAGGCUCCUGUUGCGAGUUCAGGUCAAAAUUUAGGCAGAGGUCUGGCUAACAUGCCGCCAACUGCUCAAACAUCACGUGCUCCUGUUGACCUUGUCACCGUGCUUGAUGUCAGUGGCAGCAUGGCAGGUACCAAGCUUGCAUUGCUGAAGCGAGCCAUGGGAUUUGUAAUACAGAACCUUGGCCCCUCUGAUAGGCUGUCAGUCAUUGCCUUCUCAUCUGCAGCACGUCGCUUGUUCCCUCUCCGUCGAAUGACAGAUGCUGGGAAACAGCAUGCUCUGCAGGCUGUGAACUCCCUGAUUUCAAAUGGUGGAACGAAUAUUGCUGAGGGUCUGAGGAAGGGUGCAAAGGUUAUGGAAGAACGUAGGGAGAAGAAUCCUGUUUGCAGUAUCAUAUUAUUAUCUGAUGGGCAGGAUACCUAUACUGUCAGUAGUCCUGGAGGAGGAGCCCAACCGCGGCCAGAUUACCAGACUCUUCUGCCAUUCUCUGUCCGUGGCAGUGGUAACACUGGUUGCAAGAUCCCGGUCCAUGCAUUUGGAUUUGGUGCAGACCAUGACGCCGCUUCAAUGCACUCAAUCUCGGAGACUUCUGGUGGGACCUUCUCUUUCAUAGAGGCUGAGGGCGUGAUCCAGGAUGCAUUUGCUCAGUGCAUAGGGGGUCUCUUGAGUGUGGUUGUUCAGGAGUUGCAAGUAGAGAUUGAGUGUGUACAUCCAGCUCUUUGUCUUUGUUCACUGAAAGCGGGAAGUUACCCAAGCCAUGUGAAGAAUGAUGCACGGACAGGUCACAUUGAUGUUGGUGAUUUGUAUGCAGAUGAGGAGAGAGAUUUUCUAUUGUCGGUCAAUGUUCCGGCAGCUGGUGAGACAGUUGACAUGACAUCAUUAGUGAAGGUGCGUUGUGUUUAUAGAGACCCUGUGACAAAAGAGAAUGUGGCUUUGGAAGGGGAUGAAGUUAGAAUUCAGAGGCCUGAAAUUGCUGGACAGAGGGUGGUGUCUAUAGAAGUGGACAGGCAGCAAAACAGGCUACAAGCUGCUGAUGCAAUGGCUGAGGCACGAGCUGCAGCUGAGCGUGGUGACCUCACUGGUGCUGUGUCUAUCCUUGAGGGCUGCCGUAGAGCAUUGGCAGAAACUGCAUCGGCACGGGCUGGGGACCGGUUGUGUGUAGCUUUGGAUGCAGAGCUCAGGGAGAUGCAGGAGAGGAUGGCUAGUCGGCAAAUGUACGAAGCAUCUGGAAGAGCAUAUGUGCUGUCGGGUCUGAGCUCUCACUCAUGGCAGAGGGCAACAACUCGUGGAGAUUCCAUAGACGGCACAAGUCUUAUACAGGCAUACCAGACGCCAACCAUGGUUGACAUGGUCACCCGGUCACACAGUAUGUUACUGGCUAGCCCAACACUUCACCCACCAGUUCGACCAGCUCGUUCAUUUCAGGUACGACCACAGCCUAGGUAAAAAAUGUCAAAUCGUUAGGCUUGUGGCAGAGGAGGAUAUAAUCGCUCACGUAUAAAAUGUUUCAGCCUUCUGUUUUCUUGGGUGAUGAAGGGGAUCGGAGGGAAGGAGGGAAAGAGGGAGGGGGUUAUUUUUGCUUGUCAUGUAAAUGAAUAAAACUGAGGUUGGAAUUGGCUGGGGAAAGAGGCAAAAGGGUAAAAAGAUUAGGGGUUCAGGGUAUCGGGAGGUAUAAUAUCUUUUUGUUUUUUUAUUUCAUUUUGGGUUAUUGUUAUUUGUAAUUUGGGUGAUGUAUCUUGUACAGAAAAGAAGAGAGGAGGAGAGG